AUGGGUGACUUGAACUACCGCAUAGAUGCGUCGUACGACUCUGUACGUGCGCUGAUUGCGCAACAGAACUAUGCGCAUCUGUUCAUCAUGGACCAACUCAGAGCGCAGCGCACGAGUGAGUUGUCGUUUGUGGACUUUCACGAGGGCGUCAUCCGCUUUGCGCCCACUUUCAAAGUCAUCAAAGGCACCGUCGACUACGACGUCGAGGGACUGCGCGUGCCAUCG